GGGCGGGGCGGUUCGGGGGCUCCUCACGGUGCCGGUCUGUGUCAAUAACCCUCGGUGGGCUUCAGAGCCACGUUUUGCUGUGGCAGCUGGGAAUGUGACACUUUCUGCGGUGGCAUAUCGGUGGUUUGGACCUUAAUUAGUUCACACUGCUGACCUGUAGCGAUAGCGGGUGGCUGAAGCCAUUCUCGUUUCGCAGAAUGAGAAUCGUUCGGGUUGGAAGGUCCGUCUGGAGAUCAAAGCCCCCUGCCAAGGCAGGGUCACCCGGAGCAGGUGACACAGGAACGCGUCCAGUGAGGUUUCAUGAGUCAAACUGGGCUGUUGGGAGUUUCUUUUGAAGAUGUACAUGUUGGUUGAAAAACGCACAAAUUCCCAUCUUCACCUGAAGAGGUCACCUGGCAUCCGAUCCUGGUCUCUCUGUGUUGGAAUAGCCUCCAUAGGUUUGGCUGCUGCUUAUUAUAGUGCAGACAGCUUGGCAUGGAAGCUCUUCUACAUGGCUGGGUGUUUCUUUGUGGCAGCCCAGAAUCUGGAGCAGUGGGAGGAAGCUGUAUUUGAUAAAAACAAGGGAACAAUCUGCCUAAAAACAUUCAACCUCUACAAAAAAAUACUGACCUUGUCAAAAGGAGGCAACGAACAAGUGGUGGCCGUGCUGGGCGAGAUCCGCGACGUGAACGUGGAGGAGGAGGCCGUGCGCUAUUUCGGGAAGGGUUACCUGGUUGUGCUGCGCUUCGUCACCGGCUUCUCGCACCCGCUCACCCAGAGCGCCGUGCUGGGCUGCAGGAGUGAUGUGGAAGCAGUUGCCAAACUCAUUACAAAUUUUCUGGAACUGGACAGAGUAGAGACCCCGCAAGAUUUCUCCCAGAGCAGCGAAACAGAGGUCUUGCACCACAGCAUUCCACUUGGAGAAGAGCCUGAGCAGAAGUGAGAAGAAGAAACAAUGACAUUUGCAGGGGCUGAACCAGCCUGUGGCAUACCUGAAAAUGGAUGUUGGUGGGAGCAGUGAUGAAACAGCAGCAACAUCUGUUUGCCACUGCCAGGGAGGCUUUAGCUGAACUCUGCACAGAGAUCUGCUUAAGGAGUAAGGUUAUUUCAGUCUACAGAUCUUUGGAAUUACCUUCUGAAAGUGUUCCUGGCAGAUGAUCACCUGGUAUCUGCUGCAGUGGAAGUUUUAUUUCAAGUUCCUUUCUUUUUUAACUACAGCGUUCAAAAUUUUCAUUUUAACUUUAAAUAGCAGUAAAAUGUAAUUAAGGAAAGAACUAUAUGCUUCAAAUAAGGCAGUAUACAUUAUUUAGGAACUUUGCUAAAAUAUUUUAAAUUUUGAUGUAAAUAUUACUUUCUGCUGAGGUGUCAGUGACACCUGAAAUGCAGAGCUUGAUAUUUAAAUCACUUUUCUGGAGUUGUUUCCCACUUUGAGCUGAUACAGCUCCAACACUGCUGCAGCCAGGCAGAGAAU